CAUAAUCUUUUGUGGGUAUAAAAACCUGAAACGUCCCUCUUCAGAUCAACAGACUCGUUUCAAACAUGAAGUUCUACGUCUUUGCUUUGGCCUUUGUCGGCCUCGUCGCCGCUGACGUCAGUCACCUCAAGUUGGGCCUGUCCGCCGAUGGAGGCUAUGGACUCUCCGCCUCUUCGUCCGCAUCCUCCUCUUCAUCUUCUUCCUCGGAAGUAGUGCCAGGUGGUGAUGCUAGCUCCUACCAACCCGCUGAAUACACUCCCGAGCACUUGAAGGCUGCUGAGGUUGUUCCUGGAGGCGACGCUAGUUCCUACCAACCCGCUGAAUACACUCCCGCCCAUCUCAAGGCUGCAGAGGUCGUCCCUGGAGGUGAUUCCAGCUCCUACCAGCCUGCUGAAUACACUCCCGAGCACUUGAAAUCGGCUGAGGAUGCUCCUGGUGCAGACUCAAGCUCUUACCAACCCGCUGAAUACACUCCCGAGCACUUGAAGGCUGCUGAGGUUGUUCCUGGUGGCGACGCUAGCUCCUAUCAGCCCGCUGAAUAUACUCCCGCCCACCUCAAGGCCGCUGAGGUCGUCCCUGGAGGAGAUUCUAGUUCCUACCAACCCGCUGAAUACACUCCCGAGCACUUGAAGGCUGCUGAGGUUGUUCCUGGUGGCGACGAUAGUUCCUACCAACCCGCUGAAUACACUUCCGCCCAUCUCAAGACUGCUGAAAUCAUCCCUGGAGGUGAUUCUAGUUCCUACCAACCCGCUGAAUACACUCCUGCCUAUCUGAAGCAGUCCUCUUCUGGCGCUGUUGCUGCUGAGGUUGUUCCUGGUGGCGACGCUAGCUCCUAUCAGCCCGCUGAAUACACUCCCACCCAUCUCAAGGCCGCUGAGGUCGUCCCUGGAGGUGAUUCUAGUUCCUACCAACCCGCUGAAUACACUCCUGCUUAUCUCAAGCAGUCCUCUUCUGCCGCUGUUGCUGCUGAAGUGGUACCUGGUGGAGAUUCGAGCUCCUAUCAACUUGCUGAAUACACUCCCGUUCAUCUUAAGGCCUCUGUUCCAGCUGCGAUUGGAGCCAAUACUUAUGCACCAGUUCCUGCUGCUAUUGGCGCUGAUAGCUACACCCCCGAGAAGUUUAUUCCCCAGGCCGAUCGAGAGGCGCACUACAAGUACGUCCAGGAGCAGCAGCAGCAGCAGCAGGAGACAGUUGUUCCCGGAGGAGAUUCAAGCUCUUAUCAGCCCGCUGAAUACCAGUCCGUUGUUGUCCAAGGCCACCAGCCCGCCAAUUUGAUCGCCGCCUACGUCCAGGGACAGGCGCCCACCGUCAUUGGAGCCAACACUAUCACUCCUGCCCAUCUCUACGAGGAGCCCGCCUCUAAUGGCAUCGAGGAGUUCAAUCCCGAGACCCAUGUGCCCGUGGCCAUUGGUGCGGACACCAUCACGCCUGCCCAUUUACUGGGAGGUCAGGAUACCCAGUACGCCUCUAACGGAGGUUAUGUCUACUAAGCUUAGUUAUUAAGAGCCCCAGAAUCUAUUUACUAUAAAUAUAUAUGUAUUUUUUUUAAAAA